AGUCAGAAAUGGACGCGAAAACUUUGUCAAUUUUCUUCUUAGUUCUAGCACCGAUUAUUAUUAUUGCAGAAGCUUUGCAAACUCUAAGAUCGCCAAGGGAGUUGCGGAGUGGAAUACACCACCACUCCGAAAGGCAUAAUUUGCUACCACGAGACGUCCACGAAGCCGGACUCGAAGCCGGAAGAAUGCGACCAACAUCCAUGCAAAGGCUAAACGAGUUGAGAAAAAAGCCAUCUGGACAUCUAAAACCACUCCAAGAAGAUGACAUGGAAAACGACGAAGUAGUAUCUGUAGCAAUUGGACCUCCAGCCAUACGACCAAAGUACGACAAAAUCCACAAACAAGUCCAAAAACCAGCUAAUCGUACAACCAUCAACAAUUCCAUAUCAACCAAUCUUGUCAAAGACGUACUAGUUCAACUAGGAAGAGAAUUCUUAACACAUCAAGUGAACGAAGAGUUUGUCUUUGGACAAUAUCUCGGGAAUUCUAUGAGAAACUUAACGAAUGAGUUGAGACUCAAAAUGCAGCACGAAAUUCUUGAUCUAAUAGUGAAGUAUCAUAAGUUAAGUCGUGGUGAAGUAAAUAUUAAUGCCAGUACUACAAGCACAAAACAUGAAGAAAUAAACACACAGUCAGUACUUGAAGCAAUUAAUAUUGCAAAGAGAUUGAAUAACACAGAUGAAGUGUGGCCAGACUUUACGAAUUUAGCAAAUGUCGUCGGUUAGAUUAUAACAAAUGUUUUAUCAAUAAAUGG